UCCGCUGUGCCUAUUCACGAGUAGUAAGCCUGCCUCGUGACUCGGGCUACUACGCCGCUGCAAGACUCCCCCAUCUGUCACAGCAUCGAGCACCAGUGCUUCACUGUGCAAGCUGGACUGGAUUCCGAGUCAGGGCACUGACUUCAGUGAUUUACAAAACACAUACAGUAACGAAGCAAGAAUAUGUCUGAAGUUCGGAAAUUUACUAAAAGACUGAGCAAACCGGGAACAGCGGCGGAGCUGAGGCAAAGCGUCUGUGAAGCGGUGCGGACCUCUGUUAUUGCGGAAAAGCCGAAGAUAAUUGAACCUCUGGAUUAUGAGAAUGUUAUCAUCCAAAGAAAAGUGCAGAUUCACAAUGACCCUCACAGAGACCUGCUGCUGUUUCCCGUCGACGAUGUGUCGGUCUCAUCGAUUCCUCGUCCCAGAAGGACUCUACAUUCUUCAGUGCCACAGAAUGCAGAAAAAGAGGCCCGAAGCUUGUUUGCCAAAGAGUGUAUAAAAACUUACAACAUGGACUGGCAUGUAGUCAACUACAAAUAUGAAGCUUACUCCGGAGAUUUCAGGAUGCUUCCUUGCAAAGGCCUUAAGUCAGAAAAACUUCCAACUCCAGUCUUUGAAAUUGAUGAAGACGCAAAAGAUGAGGACUCUUCUUCGUUAUGUUCUCAGAAACAAGGGAUAAUGAAACAGGGCUGGCUGUACAAAGCCAACAUGAACAGCACCAUCACCGUCACCAUGAGGGCAUUCAAGAAGAGGUACGUCUACCUAACCCAGCUCCCUGAUGGCUCUUACAUCCUCAAUUUUUACAAGGAUGAAAAGAAUUCCAAAGAAACCAAAGGAUCCAUCUUUCUGGAUUCCUGUAUCGAUGUUGUGCAGUGCCCUAGGAUGCGCCGCAAUGGGUUUGAGCUCAAGAUGCAGGAGUACAGUCACUAUCUGGCAGCGGAGAGUGAGCAGGAAAUGGAGAAGUGGGUGAGCACGCUGAAGAAGGUCAUUCAGAGCAGCGCUGACCCCGUGACCCAGGACAAGAGAAACGGGGACUCACUCGACUGUUUACUAGAUGAUGACACCAGCAGCCAAGGGAAACCAGAAAACAUGAUGGAGAGCUUGGAAAGGAGUAUGCAUCCCGAGCUGAUGAAGUAUGCAAGAGAAAACGAUCAGCUCAAUAAAAUUAACAGAAAUGAAGGAAGACACCAGAUCUUUUCUUUGGAUCCAGACACACAGAGGUUAGACUUCUCAGGAAUUGAGCCAGAUGUGAAGCCCUUCGAGGAGAGGUUUGGCAGGCGCAUUAUGGUCAAUUGUCAUGAUUUAGCCUUCAGCCUUCAAGGCUGUGUUAAUGAGAAACUGGAUGGGACUCUAACAAAUCUGGAGCCAUUUUUUGUCACCCUUGCUUUGUUUGACAUCACAAAAAACUGCAAAAUCUCAGCCGAUUUCCACAUAGACUUGAACCCACCGUGUGUGCGUGAAAUGCUGUCAGAGGCAUCUGCACAAUCAAACAGGGAUCAGGACCAAGGAGGCUCCUCUGCAAACCAGCCUGUCCUUCAGAGAGUGGCUGAGUCUCUACUGCAGAAUCCAAAACAGGGCAUUUUCUCAGUCACAGAUACGCAUCCUGACAUCUUCCUUGUGGCGAGAGUAGAGAAGGUCUUACAGAACGGGAUCACUCACUGCGCAGAGCCUUACAUCAAGUCAUGCGAUGUAAACAAGACUGCUCAGAAAGUGCUGAAGGCUGCCAAACAGACGUGUACGAGGCUAGGGCAAUACCGAAUGCCAUUUGCAUGGGCUGCCAAACAGGUGUUUAAAGACCUUCAAGGUAGCCUGGACCUGGAGGGGAAAUUCUCCCCCUUGUAUCGACAAGACAGCAGCAAACUUUCCAACGAGGAUCUCAUUAAACUGCUGGUGGACAUUAAAAAACCAGAGAAGACUAAACUUCAGGUGAUUCCUGGACAGUUAAACAUCACAAUAGAAUGUGUUCCUCCUGACUUUCCAAAUUCUGUUACCCCCUCCUACAUUCCUGUGAAACCCUUUGAGGAGGGCUGCAGCAAGGCUUCUGUGGAAAUUGAAGAGUUUGUUCCAGAAGAGGCAAAGUACAACUGCCCCUACACUGUCUACAAAAACCACAUGUACGUGUACCCCUUACAGCUGAAAUAUGAUAACCAGAAAACGUUUGCCAAGGCGAGGAACAUUGCUGUGUGCGUGGAGUUUAGGGAUUCCGAUGAAGAGAAUGCAUCUGCUUUAAAGUGUAUCUACGGGAAACCUGGCGGGCCUCUCUUCACUAGCUCUGCAUAUGCAGCCGUGUUGCAUCACAAUCAGAACCCAGAGUUCUAUGAUGAGAUUAAGAUUGAGCUUCCAGUACAUCUCCAUGACAGGCAUCAUCUGCUGUUUACCUUCUACCAUGUCAGCUGUGAGUACAACUCCAAGGGGACCACCAAGAAACGGGAUGCUGUUGAAUCAAUGGUCGGGUGCGCUUGGCUUCCACUGCUGAAGGAUGGCUGUCUCUGCUCAUUGGACCAGCAGUUACCUGUGUCUGCUAACCUGCCUGCUGGCUACCUGUGUGACAGGAGUGGGGAUUCUCGCAAGUGUCUUCCUGACGUAAAAUGGGUUGAUAAUGCUAAACUGCUGUUUAAAGUCAGGAGCCAUGUAGUUUCCACAAUUUAUACCCAGGACCCCCACUUGCACAGAUUCUUCCAGCAUUGCCAGGUGAUACAGUCUGGCUCACAGGAGAGCCCAGGAGAGCUGGUUAAAUAUUUAAAGUGCCUGCACGCCAUGGAGACCCAGGGCAUCAUCAAGUUCCUGCCAACUAUCCUCAUCCAGCUCUUUCAGGUUCUCACCAAGGUGUCCAAAGAGCAGCAUGAGAUCACUGUCAACUCAACAAGAGUCAUCAUCCACAUUGUUUCAAAGUGCCACGAAGAAGGCUUGGACCAUUAUUUACGCUCUUUCCUUAAGUAUGUCUUCGUGACAGAGAAAUCACCGUCUUCAGCCUCCAUCACAACACAUGAAGUGCUGGCCUCAGCUGUGACAGCCAUCUUGAAGCAGUCUGCGGAUUUCCUAACCAUUGACAAGCUGCUGAAGUACUCUUGGUUUUUCUUCGAAGCCAUGAUCAAGUCGAUGGCUCAGUAUCUGCUGGAGGAAAACAAAAUGAAGAUGCUUAGAGCACAGAGGUUCCCAGACUCCUACCAUCAGGCCUUGCAGUCACUGCUCCUUGCAAUAAUGCCUCAUAUCACUAUUCGAUACACUGAGAUUCCUGAGGAGGCUAGAAAUGUCAAUCUGGGCUUGGCCAACUUUAUUAAGCGAUGUUUUACGUUCAUGGAUAGAGGAUUCAGCUUCAGCCUGGUAAAUGACUACAUCUGUGGGUUUAGCUUGAAAGACCCAAAGAUGCUGACUCAGUUCAAGUUUGAAUUCUUGUUAACGGUAUGCAGCCAUGAGCACUAUAUUCCUCUGAAUCUGCCUAUGACGUUUGGAAAGACUAAACUGCAGAGAGUCCAAGACCUGAAUCUGGAGUACAGUCUGUCUGAAGAGUACUGUAGGAAUCAUUUUCUCGUUGGCCUUCUCCUGAGAGAGCUGGCCGUCGCCCUCCAGGACGGCUAUGAAAUCAGGCAUUUGGCAAUAUCUGUGCUGAAGAACCUCAUGAUAAAGCAUGCCUUUGAUGACAGAUUUACAGCUUACAAGAACCAGCAGGCAAGGAUCUCUCUCCUGUACCUGCCCUUGUUCGAGCUGCUCUAUGGAAAUAUGAAGCAGCUGGCUGCGACGGACCCCCUUUCACUCCACAGAGGCAUGCCUGCAAGUGCUUCCAGAGAUGACUUGAUGUUUGCUUUUCCAUCGACACUUCACAACAGGUCAAGUGCCAUGAUAGACAAAGACAGUGGAUACGGUGCCCAGAGUCAGAACCGACUGGUAGUGAAGCGAGAGGACUCCCGCAGCUCUUUGUGCAUGGAGCCGAGUACGCCUGACACUACUAAUGGGAUCCACAGGAGAAGCUCAGCGGGGAGUAAUGUUCCACUGUACAACAAGCUUCACCAACAUGAGAUCAAAAACCUUCUUAUGUGCUUCCUCCAUAUUAUUAAAACAAUAUCUGAAGAUACUCUUCUGACUUACUGGAACAAGGUAACCCCUCAAGAAGGGAUGAACUUCCUCUCUGUUCUGGAAAUAUGCCUCUUACAGUUCAGGUACAUUGGAAGAAGGAACAUAACCAGGACACAGGAUGAGUGGGUAGCCAAGCAUUUUGCUACAGAGCGCAAGUCCCAGACCAUGCCAGCAAUUCGCAGCAGACCCGGACUGAUGCAGGCCAGGCUCCAGCAGCUCAACAACCUGGAAAACUCCUUCACACUGAACCCCGGCUUAGGAACACCGGAGGCAGAUGUUUCACACCAGUCCCUGUUGGAAGGCAACAUUGCAACAGAAACCUGCCUCACUGUUCUGGACAUUGUUUCCCUGUUUACCCAGAGCUUUAAGACCCAGCUCCUUGACAAUGAUGGUCACAACCCCCUGAUGAAGAAGGUGUUUGAUAUUUAUCUUGCCUUCCUCAAGAUGGGACAGUCAGAGACAGCCCUGAAACAUGUGUUUGCAUCCUUAAGAGCCUUCAGCAGUAAGUUUUCUGCAGCAUUUUUCAAAGGCAGGGUCAGCCUGUGUGCUGCUUUCUGCUACGAGGUGCUGAAGUGCUGCACAUCGAAGCUCAGCUCCACGCGGGGUGAGGCAUCAGCCCUGCUCUACCUGCUCAUGAGGAGCAACUUCGAGUACAGCAAGAGGAGGAACUUCCUACGAACACACCUCCAGAUUAUCAUUGCAGUUAGUCAGUUGAUUGCAGACGUGGCACUGACUGGAGGCUCCAGGUUCCAGGAGUCUCUGUCCAUUAUUAACAAUUUUGCCAACAGCGACAAAGCCAUGAAGGCAACCGCUUUUCCUUCAGAGGUGAAAGACCUCACUAAGAAAAUCCGGACCGUGCUGAUGGCCACGGCUCAGAUGAAGGAGCAUGAGCGGGACCCGGAGAUGCUGGUGGAUCUGCAGUUCAGCCUGGCCAAGUCUUAUGCCAGCACCCCCGAGCUCAGGAAGACCUGGCUCGAAAGCAUGGCAAAGGUUCACGUGAAGAAUGGAGAUUUCUCCGAGGCAGCAAUGUGUUAUGUCCAUGCUGCAGCUCUGGUUGCAGAAUACCUACACAGAAAAAAAUCCUUCGCGAGUGGUUUGUCUGCAUUUAAGAAAAUCACCCUCAAUAUAGAUGAGGAAUCUGCGAUGAAAGAGGAUGCUGGAAUGCAAGAUGUGUAUUACACAGAGGAGGUGCUGGUGGAAUUGCUGGAGCAGUGUGUAGACGGCCUGUGGAAAGCAGAACGCUAUGAACUCAUGUCCGAGAUCUCCAAGUUCAUCAUUCCGGUGUAUGAGAAGCGGCGGGAAUUUGAAAAACUCAGCCUCUUGUACAGUACGCUUCAUCGGGCAUACAGCAAGGUCAUAGAGGUCAUGCACUCUGGACGAAGGCUGCUGGGAACAUUUUUCAGAGUUGCUUUUUAUGGACAGUCCUUUUUUGAGGACGAGGAUGGGAAGGAGUAUAUCUAUAAGGAGCCGAAGCUGACUGGGCUCUCUGAGAUCUCCCAGAGACUUGUGAGUCUCUACAGUGACAAGUUUGGAUGUGAAAAUGUGAAGAUCAUAUCGGAUUCCAAUAAGGUGGAUUCUAAGCAACUGGACCCUAAAUAUGCAUAUAUUCAAGUGACCUUUGUGAAACCGUUCUUUGAGGAGAAAGAACUUGCUGAAAAGAAGACCAACUUCGAAAAGAACCACAACAUCAACAGAUUUGUGUUUGAGACUCCUUAUACCUUAUCAGGGAAGAAACACGGAGGGAUUGAGGAGCAGUGCAAGAAAAGAACCGUGCUGACAACAACAAAUACAUUCCCCUACGUGAAAAAGAGAAUUGCAGUCAUGAACGAACACCAGGUGGACCUGAAGCCGAUCGAAGUUGCACUAGACGAGAUGAAAGACAGGACAGCUGAGCUGCAGGGGCUGUGUUCCUCCAGCGACGUGGAUAUGAUCCAGCUGCAGCUCAAACUGCAGGGCUGCGUUUCAGUGCAGGUGAAUGCUGGACCAUUAGCAUACGCCAGGGUGUUUCUUGAGGAUUCCAAAUCCAGCAGGUAUUCGAAUAAAAAGGUGAAGGAGUUAAAAGAAAUAUUCAGGAAAUUUGUGCAGGCGUGCAGCAUUGCUCUGGACCUCAACGAGCGUUUGAUCAAAGAGGACCAGUUUGAAUAUCAUGAAGGACUAAAAUCAAACUUCAAGGACAUGGUGAAGGAGCUUUCUGAUAUCAUCCAUGAGCAGAUUUUCCAGGAGGACAUGAUGCGUUCUCUGCUGCAGAACUCUCUGCAUGUCUUCAGAGCGAUCAGUGGGACCUCCUCUGAUAUGAGCUUCGGGUCUCCCCAGCAUUCCUAUCCUGCUACCAUGUAGGCCUUUAUCAGGAUCAACAUGAGGCUGAAACUCUUAAGUAUCUCCUUACACAAUAAAAGCCUAUAAAACAUUGAUUCUUCAAAACACACGAUUAUCAAAAAAUGUGUGUCCCCAGAAGAGUUUAGAUAAUGUAGUGUCACUGAAUCAGGACAGCCUGUGUUUGUUAAAGAUUGAGCUGCUUUCUUUGACAGCUUUACUGGUAAACGUCAAAGAAGGUGCUUAUUUUUUUGUUUUGUUUUUUUGCCAGUUAUUCUCUAAACAAUGCAUACUAUGAGAAUGGUGUUGUCCUGUGAUUUCCCAAUGCUGUACAAUAUUGAUCAUGAUUAAGAAUGGUGUUGUACUGUGAUUUCCCAAUGCAGUACAAUAUUGAUCAUGAUUAAGAAUGGUGUUGUACUGUGAUUUCCCAAUGCUGUACAAUAUUGAUCAUGAUUAAGAAUGGUGUUGUACUGUGAUUUCCCAAUGCUGUACGAUAUUGAUCAUGAUUAAGAAUGGUGUUGUACUGUGAUUUCCCAUUGCUGUACAAUAUUGAUCAUUAUGCACUAAGAGAAGAAGUGCCUUGGUGCUGGAGGGUCCAUCAAGUCUUCAGAGCAGCCUCUGUUACUUUACACUUUACAGUGCAGUAGAAUGAAAGGACAGUAUAGCCCUCUACACACACUGCUGAUGCUGUAACAUUGAGAGGUGGAUAUUGUUGGGGAACACUGCUCCAGUCUGAAGGUUGCUUUCAAUAAAGGGGGGUUACUGUAUUAAAUUAUGUCAGGUAUCACAUUUUCCUAAUUCCAUUUAGUCUUGUAGAAAACAUCUCCUUCCUACCCACAAACAUGGUGCAAGUAUCUCUCAAAACUACAAGAAACAAAUACAUCUACUUCCUGUGCAGAAUUGCAACACCCAUCUCUUACUCAAGAAACCAAGCAGAAUGUGGCAGUGAAGAUACAGAAUGCUUCUCCCCUCAAAGCAAUGAUAAAAACCUUGACUGGAGCAGAAAUAAUGUACAUUGCAAAGUCCUUAAUAGAGACACUGCAGAGCUUCACCUCAUAUUCAUUAGCUAUUGUGUUUCCUCUACACAUUCCCAUGGCUUAUUGCUUAAAUAUGAGUGACCUGAGAGAUGCACUGUGAUCUGGGUAAGGAGGACUCACCUGACAAGGACUAGCGUAAUCUUUGGGCAUAUUGAAUGUGAUUGUACUGAGGUAAACAGUCAGCUCUCACUAUUGCUGAUUCAUUUCAUCUCAGAAAGUAAAUGUUAUCAGCGUAGUCAUGUAUUCAAUGAUAAAAAUGUAAGAUAUCACACAUCUCAAUUACCUAUAUUUGUUUUUAAUUCAUAAACAAGUGCAAAUGCACACACACCACUUUUGCCGUAGUAUAUCUAUCUAUCUAUCUAUCUAUCUAUCUAUCUAUCUAUCUACAACAUUUCAUACUAUAUAUAGUAUGAAAUGUUGUUGCACUGAAAAAAUACAUAUGCAGAUUUAUAUCAUAUACUGUAUAAUAAUAUAUGAAAGAAUCUUAAAAAGAUACACUUGUUGUAUAAUGUGCUUUAUGAAUAAACAUGUACUAUGAAAUGUGUCAUAUUUCCUGCAAUGAAUUAUCGUAUGAUUAAUUUCAAAUGUGAAAAGUCUUUUUAAGUUGUCAUGACCUGUUUUUUUAUUAUAAUUUUUUUUUUACACUGUAUGUUUUGAAAAUACAUUUUUGGAAUCUAUGUUAACCUAAAUUUUUCAUUAAAUCCUUUUACCCCAA